GAUAAGAGUCCAUUCCUGACCACACAGUCCAGCUGAAAAGCAUACUGUCCAGUCUCUGCCUCUGUACACCUCUUCAUAAGAGGCAAAGAAACCUUGCACGUAAAUGAUAAGGUAUGUGGGGCUAACAUCGUCUCCUCACAGCAAGUGACAACGACAAAAUCAGAACGCUCCCAUUAUAAUCCAUGAAGCUGCGUGUCAACAUCAGGACAGGGCGCAAUGCGGAGCGGCGCGACGCCACGCGCCGCCUUUCAUCUGCCGUUCCACCUCAGAUGGAAGAGGAGAAACUAAUCCAUGAAGUGAAGAAGAGGGGACCUCACCAAGAAACAAUCCUGGGAUAAGCUGCCAGAGUGCUGGAAGAGAGAAGAAUGAAAAGGCAAGAAUCAAAGCAAGAUGCGGAAGUUAAAGAUGAUUAUGCAAAAAGGUCCAGAAGAACCUCAUCAGAGUCAGAGGUUGAGGUGUCAGGAAAACCUGCUUCACCUGUUUCCAGCUGUGUAUCCAUGAAGAGUGAUGCAUCCAUGGACUGGCAGGACAAGUUUUGCCAAGGACAAACAAGCACUGGAAAAAGUGCUGAAAUAGGGAGACCACAGUCACCAUCUCCUAGUUAUAUCUCUAUGAAGAGUAACAAGUCACUAGACCGACCAAUAAAGUUCAACCAGGGAGAAAAGAGCAGUGGAGAAAAUUGGCCAACCUCAGCAGCAACAUCACAGGGAUAUACACUGGGAGACACGGCUGGACACCAGGAGGAGAGACUCUGCCCAGAGCACAAAAUGCCAUUGGAAGUGUUUUGCAAGACAGACCAGACCCUGAGCUGUAAACUGUGCCCAACUCCAGAACACAGAGCCCACAAGAAAAGCUACACAACAAAAGCCAAGUCAGGAAAGCCAACUUCACCCAUUUCCAGCUGUGCAUCCAUGAAGAGUGAUGCGUCCAUGGACUGGCAGGACAAGUUUUGCCAAGGACAAACAAGCACUGGAAAAAGUGCUGAAAUAGGGAGACCACAGUCACCAUCUCCUAGUUAUAUCUCUAUGAAGAGUAACAAGUCACUAGACCGACCAAUAAAGUUUAACCAGGGAGAAAAGAGCAGUGGAGAAAAUUGGCCAACCUCAACAACAGCACCACAGGGAUACACUUUGCGAGACACCUCUGGACACCAAGAGGAGAGACUCUGCCCAGAACACAAGAUGCCUAUGGAAGUGUUCUGUAAAACAGACCAGGACCUGAUCUGUAAACUGUGCCCAACUCUGAAACACAGAGGCCACGAGAAAAGCUACACAACAAAAGCCAGGGUCCUCCAGGAGCUCGACACAGUAUGCUUACUUGAGCAAAUACUGCACAGCAUAGACAAGAAUGAGUUCAUGAAUUAUCUGUGUGAAAGUUACCCCGAAUGCUUCGAGUCUCCUCAGGAGGCCCAUGAUGUCCAUGAAGCAUCUGAACUUGUUCUGGAGAGCUUUGGCUCAGAGGGUGCUCUAAAGAUAGCCUUAAAGUUCAUGCUGGAGAAAGGGAAGAACCUUAAAAACGAACAGGAUUAUCUUAAGUCUAGUCUACAAGAUCGUCUUAAAUCUAAAUUUGAGUGUAUACGUGAGGGAAAUGCUCAACAAGUGAAUCCAAUCCCUUUAAAUGAGAUCUUCACAGAGCUGCUGAUCACAGAAGGAGGGAGUGGAGGUGUGAAUAUAGAACAUGAAGUCAGAUUGAUUGAGGAAGCGUCAAAGAACAAAGGCAUUCGAGAGAACGCGAUAAAAUACAAUGAUAUCUUCAAACCUUUACCCGGACAGAGAAAACGCAUCAGAACUGUGCUCACAAAGGGCAUCGCUGGGAUUGGGAAAACAGUCUCCGUGCACAAAUUCAUCCUGGACUGGGCAGAAGGGAAGGCAAACCAGGACAUCCACUUCAUGUUUCCACUCCCUUUUCGUGAUCUGAAUUUGAAGGGAAAUGACAAGUACAGCUUGAUUCAACUUCUUCAUCAGUAUUUUCCAGAACUCAAAGAACUACAAACUAUUAGAAGCGAGGAAGUAAAGACUGUGUUUAUCUUUGAUGGUCUGGACGAGUGCCGACUUCCUCUUGAUUUUAAGAACAAUGAAAUGUGCUGUGACCCUAUAAAGAAAACGUCUGUGGAUGCUCUGCUAACAAAUCUCAUUCAGGGGAAUAUGCUUCCCUCUGCUCUCCUCUGGAUAACCUCCCGACCAGCAGCGGUCAUUCAGAUCCCUCCUGAUUGUGUUGACCAGGUUACGGAGGUCCGAGGAUUUAAUGAUUCUGAAAAAGAGGACUACUUCCGGAAAAGGUUCAGUGAACCGGGCCUUGCUGGCAGAAUUGUUGCACACAUAAAGUCUUCAAGGAGCCUUCACAUUAUGUGCCACAUUCCAGUCUUCUGUUGGAUAUCUGCCACAGUCCUGGAGAAAAUGUUAGAUAAACCAGACUGUGAAGAAGUGCCUAAAACUCUGACUCAGAUGUACACCCACUUUCUUCUUAUUCAAACUCAAAUGAAGAACAAUAAGUACCAUGAAGUGAUUAGGGAUGAUACACACAUGACAGAAUUGGACAAGGAGAUGAUCACAAAACUGGGGAAUCUAGCAUUUCUGCAAUUAGAGAAGGGGAAUCUGAUUUUCUAUGAAAAAGAUCUGAGAGAAUGUGGUAUAAAUGUGAGCAAAGCAUCUGAGUACUCUACAAUUUGCACAGAAAUCUUCAAAGAAGAGUUUGGAUUAUACCGAGAAAAAGUCUUCUGCUUUGUACACUUGAGCAUUCAGGAGCAUCUUGCUGCAGUGUACGUGCAACUCAAAUUCAUAAACAGCCAUAUAAAUGUACUCAGCCAAGACCCAGAGAGCAAUACCUUGAAGAUGUCAGAUUUGCACAAGAGUGCAGUGGACAGAGCGUUGCAGAGUGAGAACGGUCACUUUGACCUUUUCCUUCGGUUUCUUCUUGGUCUUUCACUUGAAUCCAGUCAGGUUCUUUUGGCAGGAAUGCUGUCAAAAAGUUAUGUGGAAAGCAUUGAGGAAACCGUGAACUACAUUAAGGAGAAGAUCAAAAAUGGAUCUUCAGCAGAAAGGGCUAUCAAUCUGUUCCACUGUCUGAAUGAAUUGAAUUACAACUCCUUGGUGGAAGAAAUCCAGAGUUUCUUGAGAUCAGCCAGACAUUCUCAGACAGAGCUCCAACCCGACCAGUGCUCUGCUCUGGCCUAUGUGCUACUAACUUCAGACGAUGUGCUGAAUGAAUUUGACUUGAAGAUGUACAACACGUCUCCUGAAGGAUACCGCAGAUUGUUGCCAGUUGUCAGGACUUCAAGAAGAGCCAUUCUUGCUGGUGUCAAUCUCACAAAUGAAUCAUGUGAAACUCUGGCUUCAGUUCUCCAGUCAUCUAACUCACAUCUGAUCGAACUGGAUCUCAGCUCCAACAGUCUGGGAGAUUUAGGAGUCAAGCUUCUCUGUGCUGGGCUCUCAGAUCCGCAUUGUAAACUAGAGAAACUGAAUCUCAGUCACAAUGAGCUAGAAGACAUAGGAGUGAAGCUGCUUUGUGAAUGUCUGAUGAGUCCACAGUGUAAGCUGCAGACACUUGGUUUGGCUGGCACCAGCUUUUCAGAACGAUCUUGUGAAUUGAUGGCCUCAGUUUUUGAGUCUGUAAAUUCACAUCUGGAACAGCUGGACCUUGGCUGCAACAACAUGAAAGACUCUGGAGUAAAGCUGCUUUCUGCUGCACUGAAAAGUUUACACUGUAAACUAGAGAAACUUGGGUUGGACAAAUGUGACCUUACACAUGAAUCUUGUGAAGCUUUGACAGCUGUUCUUCAGUCAAGCAACUCAUGCCUGAGAGAUCUGGAUCUUAGCUACAAUAAGCUGGGAGACUCAGGAAUGAAGUGGCUCUGUGAUGGACUAACACAUCCAAACUGCAAACUGGAGAAACUUGAUCUCAGCUACAAUAACCUUGGCCAUUCUGGAGUAAAACUUCUCUGUGUUGGACUGAUGUGCCCAGACUGUAGAUUGAAGAGUAUAAGACUUGCUGAUGUUGGCAUUCUGGAGGGGACAUGUGAAACUCUCGCCUCAGUUCUAGAGUCGGCAAAUCCACACCUGAGAGAGUUGGAUCUCAGCAACAAUUACAUGGGCGAUUCAGGAGUGAAACUGCUAUGUCCUGGACUGCAGAGCCCAAACUGCAAACUAGAGAAACUGAGUCUCUGCGGGUGUAAUCUCACAGACAGAUGCUGUUCAAAUCUAGCUUCAGUGUUGAGUGCCCUCUCUUGCUUGAGAGAACUGGAGCUGAGAGACAACGACCUGCAGGAUUCAGGUGUGAAGCAGCUUUGUGCUGGUCUUCAGGAUCCACAGUGCACACUGCAGAAACUAAGUCUUUCAGGGUGUUGUGUUACAGAAGAAGGUUGUUCUGCUCUAGGUUUAACUUUGAACUCAAUUCAUUCAGAGCUAAAAGAGCUUGACCUCAGUUAUAAUCAUCCUGGAGAAAAAGGGUUGAGACAGCUGGCCACCAUACUGGAUGAUCCAUGCUGUAAACUGGAGAAACUGAAUGUGGAGUUCUGCAGUGAGUUCAGAAACAAACCAGGACUGAAGAAAUAUGCCUGUGAGAUCACAUUUGACCCAAACACAGCACACCGAACCCUGUCUCUGACUGGGAACAAAAAGGUGACAAAGACGAAAGGGGAGCAGCCGUACCCUGACCACCCAGACCGGUUUGAGUACUAUGGUCAGGUUUUGUGUAGAGAAAGCUUGUGUGGGGCUCGGUUCUACUGGGAAACUGAAUGGACCAAGGAUGCUGUUUACAUAGGGGUGACUUACAAAGGGAUCAACAGGAAAGGUCGUGGGACAGAUUGCAAACUGGGGAUGAAUAACAAAUCUUGGAUUCUAUUCUGUUCGGAUGAUGGGUGGUAUGUUAGUUACAAUGGCAAAGAAACUGUCAUUCCUUCUCCGAGCCCCUCCAAAAGAAUGGGGAUCUAUCUGGACUGGCAAGCUGGCACACUCUCCUUCUAUAUCAUUUCCCCGGACAGAGCAUACCACACAUAUACAUUUCACACCACCUUCACCGAGCCCUUGCAUCCAGGUAUUAGGGUUCAUAGCUACGAGGGUACGGUCACAUUAUGUGAGCUAAAAUAAUACAUGGACGCACAUUUUAAGGAAAACAGUGGAGCUUAUGUCUCUUUAAUUAUGAGUUUAAGAUUCAUCAGUUUAGUAGACAAGCAGAGCUUCUCCACCAUUCCUCAGUCCACAUUUUGUGAUUAUCUAAUAUAGAUAAGGUAGAAUUCAACAGUUUCUUAGCACAUGGAAAACAGUGGAGUAAAUGGCUGUCAAGCUGUAGUUCUUUUAAUUAUGAGUGGAUCGUUAGUUUAGUAGAUUGUGUUCAAGCAGACCUUUUCAACUAGACCUCAGAAUUCUGCUACCAUAGCAUAGUAAUAGCUUAAUCAAAUCACAUGUUUGGAAGCAUCUGCAUCUGUUACGUUUCUCCAUUUAUUUAUUCACAUUUUUCCUUUAAUAUGUCACCAUCUGUUUGUUCUCCCUUCAGGCAUUGUUUUAUUUAUGUAGUCCCUUAAAAUUCCACCAAGUUUUCAAAAUGUCCACAUAAUUCAGAGGUUGAGGUCAGUCUGUUUUGAUUUGAAGUGGUUUAUUGUAGAGAAAAUUAGUUAGAUAUUUUUAUAGUGGUGGUGACAGGAACCAGGAGUCGGGAUGUCUACAACUUAAUGCCAAUCUAAAAUCACCAGUGAACCUUCAUGUGACUUUUUUGAGUUUUUAUAUGUGAUGUUAAUAAUGGUUAAAGUGGUGGUAAAUCUGGGAAGGUAAGUUUUCUUUGGGGAACAUUUUGCUGUACAACACUGUGCAUGUACAUCUCCCCUGUGGACACAUUUAAAAAAUGUGUUUUAGGUCAAAAUCUUCUAUCGAAAAACUAUCGUAGAACAAACUUGGGCAUCAUGCAAAGGAUUCGGAACCAUUUCAUGUACUAGCCUUUUGGGAAGGAGCUGGUUCUUAUCGUCAUUUCUGACCCAGUAAGAAAUUCUUUAGAAUUAAGCAUUUCAUACCAGACCACUCUAAAUGACUUUAUUUAUUGUUGACAAUUUAAGUAAGCAGAAAAUCUAUGGACUUUAAUAUAAAAUAAAAGAUUUUAUCCUUUCAUAGUAAUGAUUAAAAUGUUUUUCUGUCCAUUUCAUCAUCUGUGACAUUUGUAUAAGCAACCUAAGUAACGUUGAAGAUUUCAGCCAGUGGCGUGACAUCUGUGAUAGGUGGUCUAGCCUAGCAGGUAGGGACGGGCAGCAGACUGGCACUGGGCAUUGAAUAAUGUGAUUGCAACAUUACCUCCUGUUUCAAGUUUGUCUUCUUCUUUAUUUUUGCAGUUGUCAAUCUUUUUUCUAUACAUGCACGACAUGAAUGAAUUACAGUGUUGUAUUUUCCUGUGUAAAUGCAUUGCAUUCCAAGUACCUGCUCCUUUGUUUAUGUUCAUCAUGUUGAGCACAAAACACUAUAUUUCUGAGUAUUUUUGCUAAGUGAGCAGCUAACUGUUAGCCAGUGUGCAUGGUUGUGGCCAACAUUUGGAUGCCAGAUGAAGACAUCAAGGUGCAUAAGACGCAUAAGACUAAUAAUAUUUAUAUCUAUAUAUUUAUUUCUAGCCAACUAAUGUUAGCUAAAAACUAUGACAGUAGCUUACUAGCAUAUCCAACUAGCUAAUUCAUUCAUUGCUGCUACUAUGGCUGUAACUAUAUGGCAGCUUUCUUCACUUUGAUUAUGAUUUUAAGAUACUUAAUUUGUUUAUGGCCAUUGCUGCUAAUUGUAAGUAUAGACUUUUUCUGCUGAAUCUACAC